AUGGCGCUGUGUUGAGGAUACUCCCUCAACAGCUAGAUCGUUUUAGCUCGUCUGGGAACGAGCCUACGUUCCCCAUUUGGAUAGCAACCCAUCUGGAAGCAUUUCUUAGUAGAAGAUGGCAGCUUUAAAUAAUAUCCCGCGAGAUAUACUAGAAAGUUUUCGCGAUGUGUUCGACAGACGAAUUAAAAUCAACAUCAAGCGAAUGGUUAGACAAGAAGUUCGCACUGACAAGUUAGAAAACAAGAUUUUGGCCUUUUCACCAUGCCGCCUUUAUGUUAUGGCAGCAAAAGUACCAUGUCGGCAAGAACAAAGCUUUCACUUCUUGGACAUUCAAGCACUAGAAAGCAGGAAACCAAAUCGAAUGGUGCUGACGGUUGAUGGCAAGCCUUACACAUUCUUUGCGAUCGACCCGGACACAGAUGAAAUUGAUUACAUGAUAACACAUAUCGGAAAGUCUCUCAAACACAUUUUCCCAGCAUUCCCUCUCGAGCGACUGAUUGUGAAGAUUGACGUAGUGCCCCCGGAGCGACUGAAGACAAUGUACGACAUGAUGCGUGACAUCGAGGUCAAGGAGCAGGGUCCGUGUGGCGGUUUCACGAUGAUGUAUGCCUGUAUGUGUGACUACUAUGGCCUGACAUUCAGGGACGAAGUAGCGUGGGAUGUAGAUACAAUAUACCUCUCUCAGGAUACUAGGGAGCUGUGUUUACGAGAUUUUGACCAUCUCAGUGGAAAGGACCUUGUGCCUAUCAUUGCAGCAUUGGAGCAUAAUUCCUGGUUUACAAAACUCAAUGCAAGCAAUGUUAAACUGACUCCUGAAGCAUCAAAUGAAAUUCUGAAGGUGAUGAAGCGAAACGCUGUGAUAGAGGAACUGUUGCUGAGCAACACGGGCAUCAAACUAGACUUCAUUCAGAAACUGUCCACGGCCCUUCUGUCGAACAGCGGGACACAGCUGACUAGCAUCGACCUGUCGAACAACAUGCUUGAAGACAGAGUCGUCAUUCACAUGAUGGGAUCAAUAAGCAAUCUAUCGAAAGGCCUUGUGUCUCUGGAUUUGUCUAAGACUGGACUGACAUCUAAGGGGUUGAACAGGAUAGCUGAGACAAUUGCGGGUAGUGAGAAUAUUCCGUUGACGUUGAGCACGCUGAUACUGGCCGAUAACGGACAGAAAGGAGAAGAGUUGACCAGUAUCUACAACUUCCUAGCCCAGUCGAAUGUUGUGUCCCAUUUGAAUCUGUCAUCAACAGAUUGUUCCUUAGAUAUGCUGAGUGCGGCCCUGGUUCGAGGGUGUACAUGUAACCUGGUACAUCUCAAGUUGUCCCACACUGUCUUCACUCACAGGAAGACCAAAGAUGUUCAGGUCCCUCGCACGUGGAAACAGUUUUUUGCGAGUACAUACUCGCUACAGUACAUUGAUCUUUCUUGGUGCAGGCUUCCACCAGAAGCUGUGAAAGAACUGCUGAUGGGAAUUGCCAGUAAUAACCACAUGAAGUCCAUCGAAAUUGACCUUAGCAGCAACGACCUUCAGACACAAGGUGCCAGCAUCAUUGGAGGCUGUCUGCCAGACAUUCGCAACAUUUCCAGCCUUGACGUCAGUAACAACGGUUUCGACCAGGAUCUGAAGCACUUACUGCGAGACAUUCCGACAAACACACACCUCAAACACCUUGCCAUUGGGCAGAACUUUCAAGGAGUGAAACCAAAAUACAUAGCAGUGGUGCUGGAUCCAGUUAUUCAAAUGAUACAGGAUGAAGACUGUGUACUUACGUCUCUGUCAUUGGCCGAUUCAAAGCUUAAAGCCGACACAGCGUUUGUGAUCAACGCACUUGGUGGCAACACAAAGCUUGAACACUUAGACUUGAGUGGUAACCUGAUGGGUGACCUCGGAGCGCGAAUGCUGGGGAAAGCCCUCCAGAUCAACACCAAGCUGCGGUCUGUAUUGUGGGACCGGAACGGCACGACGGCCCAGGGCUUUGAAGAUAUCGCUGAAGCUUUAGAGAAGAAUUUCACAAUUCGCAAGAUGCCGUUCCCGGUCAAUGAUGCUGCAGCAGCCAUGAAAGUUAACCCAGAGAGAACAGAGCUGGCCUUACAGAAGAUUGAAUCAUUGCUACAAAGAAAUCACAGUCCCUGUAAGAUAGCGUCAGACCAGGCGUACCGCUUACAACAAGGCUUCCUCAUUAGCUCCACACAACAAAUGGUCGACCGGCUGGUGGUUCAGGUGCAGGACACGGUGAAUGCUUUAAGUAUAGGUCCGACUGAGAACUUCAAGGACAGCAUUGAGCAGGCCAAUCUCGUCAUAAAAGACGCAGACAACUCCAAACAGCUAUUACCACGAUUACAAGAUAUUGCCAUUAAGUCCCAAAAUUCUGGAAAUGCGACAGAGGUAAAACUUCAGGAAAUGGCUGACAACUUGAGACAGGUGAUGGAGAAACAAAUAAAGAAAACCGUGUCCGAAAUGUUGCAGUGUACAAAGUCCCAGUGUUCGGCUGUGAUGUCCAAUGAGGAGUUCCAGACAGAGCUCAAUGAUGGAUGUCUUGAAAGAAGUUCCCUGCCACGCGACUUUACAAAAAUUGUACUGGAUGGUGUCGGAACCGAUGUCUUUAACAAACUUGGUGAACUGAACUUAGCAGUGGCAGCUCAUAUAUCUGACCAAGUGGUGGACGAGGUGAUAGACAGUCUUACCAGCAGCCACAAGACAUUGACUAAUCAUCUAAAUCUACGAAAGAGCGGCCAUUACCGAGAAUCUGAGGUGCCAGAAAUCACGGAGAAAGCUGAUACGGAAACAGAAAAGGGAAGUGACGACUCAAAGAAUCUAUCUCCAUCUUAUAAAGGACUAUCUAAUCUACAUGCAUCACCCAAACUCCAGUCCAAGAGAAAGAGUUUAAUUGGCCGAAAGCGUAGACCACAGUCUGUUAUAGAUCAACAACAGGUUCUCAAAGCUUUGCAAUCGUUGGAAAUCAGUUCGGAAAGUAAGGAUCGGCUUGUGGCUGGUGACACUGUAGCGGUCGAUGUAGACGCACAAGGAGAGGGUAAUGCACAUGGGAACCACGUGGAUCUGAAAUUAGAUAAAGUUGACGAAGGAAAAGAGAAAGAUGUCAUCGAGAACCUGGAUGUGGUCGAGAUGCCACAAGUUCCCAAACUGGAGCAUCUGAGCAAGGCAAGGCCGAAGAGAGCAAAGCGCGUCGCUGCGACGCGGCCUGUUGCCAACAUGGUGGCUGUGGACGAGGCCGAGGAUGACGGGUUGAAUGUCUUCUUUGUCCCCUCUGCCAUCGACUCCCCCGCCACCAAGAGGAAGGAGGAGACAACUCUGGUGCACGGCACGAAACCAGAGAAGCAGGAUACGAAGCCAGAAGUGAAGAAAAGAGGCUGGUUUGGUAAGGAGACCAAGGAUAAAUCAGUUGCCAAGGAAAGCAAGGAAAAAGAUACUAAAAAAGACAAACCCACUGGCAUUGGUGCAGGUUUCUCCAACUUUUUUGGUCGAAAGAGUGGCGCCGGCAAAACUGCCGAGGUAACAAAGGAGAAGAAACAGGAACCAGAGCCCGAGAAAUUCGAAGAAGAGUCGCCAAGCAAGACUGAUAGUUUGAAGGCCAGAGAGGCUAAGUCAGUGGAUGUGAAGAAGAAGGAGAAUAAACCUGAGAUCCUUGUCGACAAAGAAAGUGUGUCGGAUAAAAGUGACGAGGAAAAUGAUGAAGGGCCCAGGUGUGAAAAUGGCAAUGAAAGCGUCAGAGAGAAGGACGAGUCUGUGGAGGCGGUACCGAAGAUGAUGCCGAAAGUGCCGAGAAUUGGACUCGGUGGAAACGUGAUGGCAGAAAUGAAACUGAAACAGGGCAAAAGAUUAUCUCCCAGAAACCCCACUGAAGCUAAAAUAUCACCAUCAGUUACACCUGAGAAAGAGAGAGUGGAAGCCAACAACAAUGUUAUAGAGAAACCUGCUGAAGACAAGGACAAGUCUGCAUUGAAUAAAGUUCUGUCCCCUCCACAGCAGGUAGGGACCGUGUCCAGCCAUCCGACACCAGUUCCACGUUCAGCGAUAAUGCCCAAACGUCCAACAGUGACAGCAGCAGCAGCAGCAGCAGCCAGUCCAACCAAUACUGGUGAUUCACUUCUGACCAGCGCCAGCUCAGCUCAGGCCAAUACCAGUUCAGCUCAGACCAGUGUUGAUUCAUCUCAGGCCAAUACCAGUUCAGUCCAGGCCAAUACCAGUUCACUUAAGGCCAAUACUGGUUCCGUUAAGGCCAAUACCAGUUCAGCUCAGGCCAAUACCAGUUCAGCUCAAGCCAAUACCGAUUCCAUUAAGGCCAAUACCGGUUCAGUUAAGGCCGAUACCGGUUCAGUUAAGGCCGAUACCGGUUCAGUUCAGGCCAAUACUGGUUCACUUAAGGCCAAUACUGGUUCACUUAAGGCCAAUACCAGUUCUGUGAAGGCCGAUACCAGUUCUGUUACGGCCAAUACCAGUUCUGUUAAGGUCAGUACCAGUUCUCUUAAGGCCAGUGCCAAUGGGUCGGUUCAACUUGGUGACGACAGUUCAGUCCAGAGCAAUGUCAGUUCACCUAAAGCCACUGCUGGUUCGGCGAAGACAACAAGUGCUAGUUCAGUUAUUGCCAGUCCAUCACCGACCAACAUUAGUCCAGUUUCAAAGGAACAGAAACCUGAAAGCAAACAAACUCCACCACCCAUUUUGAAAUCAAAACCGAAACCCCCGGUGCUAAAACCAAAACCACGCAGUCAGAGAAUGUCUAGAGAGAUCCUUGCCCCAGAUGACACUGGACUCGCCUCGGGGGACAAACAAAAAGAUCUUUCGGCAGACAAAAAGUCAGACGGGGAGAUUGUAUAUGAUUCGGCAACUCUACGUCUGACUGUGAAGGAGAAAAUUCAGAGAUUAAGUAAGACAUUUAAAGAUGAUGACGAUGCACCGGCAACGUCGUCACCGCUGCUCAAACCAAAGACUGCGACGCUGACACGGAACACGGAGGAAACAGAAGCCUCGGAUGACUCUCUUCAAGAAUCGAAAUCAGAAAGUGUCAGUUCUGUGACAGAUGAUGCCGAGAAGACAGAAGAGGACAAAAGUGUCAAAUCUCAAUCAAAAUCAUCAGGGGAGAGCACUCCGGACUCUGUUGACAGUCGGAGCUCUUCAGACAUUGAGGAACACAAUGGAAAAGCCUCCCCAGUCCUAGGAGUGGACGAAAUCAUGGUUUAGUUUUCACCUACGUGGACCUGAAAUUCUGCUUUUGUUUAUAAUUUAUGGGACCAUUAGUUUAUGAUUUUGUUGCGACUUAAAAUUGCAAGGGCUUGUAAAAAUGUGGUCCUGUUGAGACUGCUUGCAAUGGCAUAAGAUAAUGGUUUUAUUAUAACAUUGAUGAGAAAAAGUGUAGCCUACUUGAAUAGACAUCAGAUGUGAUUGUUGUUGUUCCAUUCAUGGGACAUGAAAUUAUUGUUUAGUUGUCACUUGCAGACACAUGAAAUUAUAGUUAUAAACUCACAAACAUUUAACAAUAUAAUUGGCUUCUGAUUUGCAAGGACUAUAACAUGCUUUUAUUAUCAGAUUCACAGUCUGAUCACAGUUUGGUUUUAUCUUGCAAAGACCAGCUUGUAAUUUAACUACAGUUUGCAAUAACAUAAAAAUUAUGGAAUGCUUCUGACUACAAAAAAACACUCAUUGUGUUCGCUGUUAGAUGACCACAGAUUUGACUUUACUAAACCUAAAGUGAAGCAGUGGUAUUUACUAGUAUUUAUUUUGUGAUGUCCAAAUGACUAAUGCAUUCCUUGAUAUAAUUUAUCAUAGUGACUAUAUUUUUAUUGCUAUUUACCAUCAUGACAAUUAGUCACAGACAUUAAGUACAGCUUAUCUGCUUUAUAAGCCAAUAUUCCAUGUCAUAUUUAGCCAGAUUUUUAUUUUCAAAAUAUGCUUUAUUCUCUAUUUUUGGAUAUUUGUUUUUUGCAUUAUGUUAUGGGAUGAAAUUCUUAAUAAAUCACACACAUUUCUUUUCUUUUUUUACAUUAGUUGGUCCAUUCUUGGUAUUUUCAUUUUUUUAUAUCACAGAUAUGAAUUACAUGCAUUUGCCUUAAAAGUUUAUUCUUUUUGUUGGAAAAAAAGUACUUUAUUUAAAGUUACUCAAGGUCUUGAUAAUCCUUUCUUAACUUAAAGUCUGGAUAUAUUUUUUCACAAAUUCUGGAGACUGCAUGUAACGUAAUAGACUCACUACACAAAUUAGAUGCAGUGGGUAAACCCACAGGUUCUGAACUGUUAAUUUCCACAAAAGAAAUUGCAACAAGACAGGUGAAAAAAUUAAUUGACCUUGAAAUAUUUUAAAACAUUGUAAAGUAUAUAGAAUUCAUUUUCAUUGAAGAUUUUAUUAAGUUUUAUAUAAAAAGUACAAAAUGUUACAAUAUAUAUAUGUAUAUAUCACUUCCAUGUACAGAAAAUAAGAUAAUGAUGGUGAAAUAUUGUCAUGGAAGAUGAUAAUGAUGAUGAUGAUGAUGAUGAUGAUGAAGAAGAUACUGAUGAUGAUGAUGAUGAAGAAGAUACUGAUGAUGAUGAUGAUGAAGAAGAUACUGAUGAUGAUGAUGAUGAUUGUGGUGGUGAUAAUGGUGAUGAAGAAGAUAGUGAUGGUGAUAAUGAUGAUGAUAUAGAUUGCAUUUCCUGAUGCCCGAGUUAUGACGAUGAUUAUGAUGAAUGUAACAGUUUGCAUGUAACAUUAAUGAGAUUCUAGUGUAGGCCUACAUACUGAAUGAAACGAAAUACUAGUAAACAUAUAUUAAUCAGAAUCAAAACAUUUAACAACAAUUUGCACAUGAUGCUGAUCAAUUGAAAUGCAAAUAUAUUGCUAUUAUUUAUGUCAUUUUUUAAUAAUCAUGAAAAAAAGGUUAUUCUUGAAUAAUAUUAUUUUCUGUAAUGCAACUGACUCGUAAUAAAUCUCAUCAACUCAUUUUCUUUUUCCAAUUAUAAUAAUAAAAAAAUAAAAAUUUUAAUGUUGCAACAACGAAGUCCGUAAAUGAGAUGUGUUAUUUUGACACAGUAUCUGGUGUUAAUGUGUGUGUUUAGCUCUAUGUUGUUUUCUCACAAGUUAAACUGUAGAUCAGUUGAACUUCAGUCAUACAAUGUAGUUGAACACAUCAAUGUUCACCUCGAUCAAUAGACUUUUUAUGUUUUAUUUAUGGUUUUUUAAAUCAACUGAAUCAAUCAUGAAUUACAAAUUACAGUUUGCGGUCAUGCAUACUUAAGUAUGUUAUGUACAUAACUACCUGUGUGUGCUUUUUUCGUCGUCUUCUGGGUUUUUUUUGCUGAAUUUACAUGUACACAUUUUGUAAAAUUAAAUAUUGCUUACCAGAUAACAUCAGGCUAUAGCAAAACACCAUUUUUUAAAAGAGUGGCCUUAGUUUUAGAAAUAGUAUUUCUUUUUUUUUAGCUUUUUUUCUUACAUGAUCUGUGUUCAGAAAUUCAUGUAUUUUUAUUACUGCUUAACACUUGUGCCUUCACUGUUAAGAAACGAUCACUAGCUUGCAGAUCUUUCUGUUGGUGCAGAAAUGUUUUUAUACAUUCAGGUAGCUUUAUGAUUGUAUAUUUAACUCACUUAAUGUUAUCAUUAUUAUUAUAGUAUUCUGUACAGUGUAAAUACUUUUGUACAAACCGUGUUUGCCAUGUGAAAAUUAGGACAUUAUUUAUAUGGGUGGUGUAGUGCCUGGAAAUAGUUUUGUUUGAGUAAACAGUCCCUUGAAUUAGAAUUAGAUGAGGUUAGAGGUAUAUGUACAGGUAUGUAUAUCUUUGGCCUGCUGGUUUUGGAAGUAUUAUUAUUUAUAUUUUAUUAAGGAUUUUCUGUAAUUUCAUUUAGAUUCAUCGGGGUAUGAACAAAGACAAAAAAACAUGUGCGAAGCCAUUCACAUAAUUCGUUAUGCUUUUUUUUUUUUUUAUCUCAAAUGAAUCUUUAAAAAAAAAAAAAUUGAAAUAAUUAAAUUUGAAACAUACAUGUACUUAUUAGGGGUGUAACAAAUACACAUAGUGGCGAAUACGAUACAUAUCACGAACAUAAGGUAACGAAUACGAAUAUGUAUUCACAUCCAUGAAUUCAAAAGUGAAAAGGUUUAGCAGUAAGGAAGAACAGUAUUUUUUGUUUUAAAGUAAAAACUGAUUAAUCAUGUGUGGUUUUUUUUGACAGAAGCGAAGUCCAGGAACACAUAGGGUACCAGUCCAAUGUGUUGAUUAAAAAAGGAUUGGUCUGUGAACUUGAUCUACUACAAAACCGGUCCAGACAUUAUCAAAACAAUCAAAUCAGUAUUGCAUUUUGGUUAGUGUGAAUUACAAACAUAAAUUGUACAGUUAGCAUUACACACGUUUUUGUGUAUUCGGUUAAGCUAGUGAUUGGUAACUAGUGAUACAGAUCGCUGUUCGGUGCACCGAAUAUUCAAGUAUAUCGUUACACCUUUUGGUACACCUCUUGGUACACCUCUUAGUACUUAUGAAUAAAAACACAAACAAAAUGAUACUUUAUUUUGAAUUCUUUCUUCUUUGGUUUCUUGAACAAUAAAGCUCAGUAAGACAAAGUAUCAAUAUAUGACGUUCCUUGAUGAUGUAAUUUUUAAGAAAUGAAGAAACCCGUAUUUUAAUGGCUGGACCAGUGGCAUGGAAAUGUAUGUCCAGGAUAGCAUGCUUAAUUGGAUAUGUAAUACUAUGCACAAAAAUAAAUAGAAAUUUAUUAAUGAGUCGAGGAUCCCACACAGUCGCGCAGUCAAACAGUUUAACAACCUUCCAGCUGGUACAUAAAUCUAGUUUAUUUUAUUGUUUGUUUGUUCUCGGUAAUAUUAUGACUAACAGUAAUCCAUUUUAUAACAUAUAAAGUAUUUUAUAUUGGAUUAUCUUGUACACAAAAAUUUAUCUUAGUUCUUUGACCUUUUGGCUGCCAUGGGUUUUUUUUAAUCAUGGCAAGCAUAUACUGUUAACAUGUUUUCAACUAAAAUUAUUUUAUGUAUGAAGUACAUAAUGCUUAAAUGACAGUAUAAUAUUAUGAUGUUUUUGUUAAAAAUUAUUAUUCAGUUGACAUCAUGUCUUUUUGAAGUGUAUAUAAAUAUAUAUUACCCGGUAUUGCAUUGUAUGCACAAAAAUACAUUCAUUUAUUCUAUUUUUAUCAUAGUAUAAAAAAAUACAUGGCACUGUAUUCACAAAAUUAUACAUCAUUAAACUUGAGUGUAAAAAUUA